AUGGCUGAAGGAGUUGUAACGCAAGCCUUCUCCCUGGUUGGAUGGGCAUUCUUACCUGCUUAUGCCACGGCUCUUCUACAAUCGGUCUAUUACCGACUCACGAUACGCGCGGGACGGCGCCAUCCGCAGCCUGGAGAGCCUCUCUUCGCGUACCACAAUCGUCGAAUCCGCGUCUUCGUGUUGUCCCUCUAUCUCCUCUACACCCUCAUCCAGGCCCUGUAUGAUGUCAAGCUGGCGGGAGACUUCUACGCUCUCCUGGGAGUCACUCCCUGGACGACGGAACGAGAGGUGAAGAGUCGGUUCCGGAGGUUGGCAGCGAGAUAUCAUCCAGAUAAACUGCACGAGAACGGGCAACUUGUCCCCGGAGCGGACCAAGUGUUUGUGCAGUUCAAGUUGGCGCAUGACACCCUUUUGGAUCCUGCAAAGCGCUUUGCCUACGAUCGAUUCGGACCAGGCAUCGUCCAGCUGCAACAUCCGGGACUGAAGACCAUCAAGGACUAUGUCUAUGCUGGCCUACGCUCCAAGAUCCCCGAAUACGCAACGAAUGCGGCCCUGCUGGUGCUUCUGAACUACAUCUGGCUGCCCAAAUGGGGACAGUUCUGGCGCUAUUUUGCCGUGGCCUGUAUGGCGUUUCUGGAAUUGUAUUUCUUGACUCACACGUGGGAGCCUCCUCGGCUGGUGGCGCUCUGGGCUUCUACACUUCACAAGAUCUUCCCACAUCUACUACCGCCACAUCUUCUCCCCUAUCAGAUCUUGGGUCUCGCAAGGAAGAUGUCCAUGUCUCUCAACAUCUUCAUUUCACAACUGGCUCCUCCCAAGGCAAGAGCCGCGGCCACGAGAGAGCUCCAGACUCAGCAGCAGGUCGCACACUUGGCUCAAGUGGCGGGCAAAUUGGACACUGAGACUGUGGGGUUGCUUCAGCUGGCCUUGAGUCCGUUCAAGGGCGAUGCGAGCAAAUCGGAAAUGCUCCGAGCAGGCAUGAAGGAGACCCUGCUGACCGGCGCGCUGAGAAUGAAUUCUGAAGUCCGAGAUGCGAUGCAGAGGGCCCUCGACAGGAGACGAAGAGGCCCAAUGACGAUGCAGGACACCGAUUGA